AUCUCAAAUGGGACAUCCUAAUAAUAACAAGUAAAAGGUAAACAAGAAAAGAUUUUUUUAGAAAAAGUAUUAAAAUUAAACACUUUUACGUAGAAAUUGUUGAAAAAAUCGUCCUAAACAAGUUAAAAAGAUACUCUUCAAUAGCAAAGGCGUGAAAUUAUUGCGUGACUCACUUGUUUUCUUCCAUUAAUUGCGAAUGUAAACAAAAGUCAACGGAAAUUAUCUCAAUAGGUCACUAAAAUCGCAAAUUAUUUGCAUAAAUUUCACACAUGAAUGCUCAGGACGUGAUUGAGGCGUUGGAGAAGUCUGAGGGGCCUCACCGGAAAGAUGGAAAAUUAUUCUGCCCAUUUGAAGGAUGCGGGUAUAAUGGGAAGAAGCACUUCCUGCAGCGGAAGCACCUCAAGCAGCAUCUCCUGAAGGUGCACACGAAGAAAACAUUCAAAUGCCCCUUGUGUGGAAAAGCCUUCUCCACGGAAAACUUCCUCUUAGCCCAUGAAAGGCAGUGUGGGAAGAAGUUUAAUUGCUUCGAAUGUGGAUGGCAAUUUAAUUCCCGAGAAGCUUUAUUGACCCAUGCCAAGAGGAGGGGGCACACUUUCGAGGAGCCAGCUGUGAGGAUUACAGUGAAGGAUGCUAAAUUGGAGCCAAAGGAAAGGAAAACCGAACAGGUGGAUCAGUCUGUUCAGACAACCCCUCCGAGUACGCAGCCAAAGAGAAAAUCCACUCAAACAACCCAAACAAGUGGAGAGAAAGUCAAAAAGAGCAAAACCCUGAUUUCAGAGACGGAAACUUCAUCCGGAAGUCCUCGUCUUAUGGACAACUCAUGCCAAACAACGGGUUUUCCCACCUCAAUGGUGGACUUCUUCGAUGACAGCCUCAGCAUCUUCCCGGGGCACUUUGAUGGGAGUCUCUGUGACAUGGAAACACAGACAGAUGGAAAAUUGCUGUACUCACAGACAAACACUGUGGCUUCCGAAUCGGAUCCCCUCCUCUACAGCCACAUCUACACGCAGACGUACGAAGAGGAUAUUCUCUCGGAGCUUGGGUUGACGGACGUUCAGACGCAGACCACGGCGUGUCCACCCACGGAAUUCCAGGACUUCCUUGUCUCCACCGAAACCCAAACGAGCUUCACGCAAUGCCUGGAGGAGGAGAUGGCCUCAUUCACAACCACGUACACCCAAACAUGAUUCACAGUCUGCGCAAAAUCAACUGAUAAAACCCCCUGUGAGUGGUGAGGCCUCGUGGUCCACUCACUGGAAAUUAAAAUGAUAAGACUAUCGCGGAAACAUGCGGUGAGUUCUGAACUUUGAACCAUUUUCUUUCCCUUUCAUUUAUUAUUUCCCCUAUUUCUUCAUUUCCUUGUUAUAUUGGCAGCAAUAAUAAGCAAUAAAAUAUUGAGAAAAUCAAUUACUAAUUAAAGAGAUUUAUUAAUUUUUUAAUUUUCCUUUUUUGUUGCCAAUUUUAUCGUUAUUCAUUUGAAUUAAAAUCAAAAAAAUAUUAUAGAUAAAAUGACGUAGAAAAAUAUACUCAUAAUUUGCGUCAUUAGCGUAAACUAUUAAGUAAAAUAAAAUGUUCUUUCAAUAAAAAUUCCAGACAAUGAUUUUUAUACUUUUUGGAAUAAAAUAUUAACAAUUUUACACUACGCUACUCCAUUUUAUAUUACACAUCAAAUACGUAACGUAAAAUAUUCAUCAGCGUAAUGAAGGCAUCUCUUUAACGUCAAAUUGAGCUCAGCAGAGCACCACACUAGAAUUUUCUGGAAGAAUAAAGCAAAAAUUUCCGCAUUGAAAAUUUUCGCUGCUCGAAAUUUCCAUUAAAAAGUAUUUUUCCAAGUGUUUUUGAGAGAAGAAAAGUGAGGAAAUAAGUGCAAAAGGCAAGCUAUGGUGAAGGAAACGACGUAUUAUGAUGUUUUGGGGGUACGACCCGACGCUUCGGCGGAUGAUCUGAAGAAGGCAUAUAGAAAGCUGGCACUGAAGUACCAUCCGGACAAGAAUCCCAAUGAGGGUGAGAAGUUCAAGCAGAUCUCGCAAGCUUACGAGGUGCUGUCGGACGCAGAGAAGCGCAGUAUCUACGAUGAGGGUGGUGAGGCGGCGAUUAAGAAGGGUGGCACGGGUGGUGGUGGCUUCACGAGCCCCAUGGAUUUGUUCGAUAUGUUCUUCGGCGGUGGCUUCGGGGGUGGUCGACGUCGUGAGCGUCGUGGCAAAGAUCUGGUGCACCAACUCAGCGUAACCCUCGAAGAGCUCUACAUGGGGGCCGUGCGCAAGUUGGCUCUGCAGAAGAGCGUGAUUUGUGAUAAGUGCGAGGGACGCGGUGGCAAGAAGGGAGCCGUGGAGAAGUGCGGCACCUGCCGCGGGACGGGCAUUGAGACAAAGAUUCAGCAAGUUGGCCCGGGGAUUGUGCAGCACUUUGAGCACAUGUGCAGGCAAUGCCAUGGGCAGGGGGAGAUAAUAGCUGCUAAGGAUCGCUGCAAGACGUGCAACGGGAAGAAAACGGUGCGGGAGCGCAAGAUUCUCGAGGUGCACGUGGAGAAGGGGAUGCGAGAUAGCCAGAAGAUUGUCUUCUCAGGUGAAGGUGAUCAGGAACCAGAUCUGCAGGCAGGAGAUAUUGUCAUUGUGCUCGAUGAGAAGGAACAUCCCGUCUUUAAGCGAUCACGCGAUGAUCUUGUCAUGACGAUGCAACUGCAACUCGUGGAGGCACUCUGUGGCUUCCAGAAGGUCAUCAAGACACUCGAUGAGCGUGAUUUGGUCAUCACAUCACUCCCGGGUGAGGUGAUUAAGCAUGAAUCCCUCAAAUGCAUCAUUGGCGAAGGGAUGCCACAGUAUAAGAAUCCAUUUGAGAAGGGACGUCUCAUCAUUCAAUUUGUCGUCGUUUUCCCGGACACAAUCCCACGCGAAGCUAUCCCAACAUUGGAAAUGAGCCUCCCAGGAAGACCACAAGUCACAAUUCCCAUUGAUGCUGAAGAGUGCAACCUCAUGGAGUUGGAUCCAGAUCAUGGGCGUGGGCAGAGGUAUGCGCAGGACGAUGAGGAAGAGUACUACUCUCACGGUCCGCGUGUCCAGCAGUGUGCUACGAGUUAAGCACUUCACGGCUGAAAGGAUGACACUGACACCCGGAAUGGGGAGAGUUGGUGUUUUAGGGGAUAUAUUAUUGAAGGAAAAAAAAAUUGUAAACUCGUGUGAGAGAGGGGAUAAUUAUGAUGCAUAAAAUCUAUCAACAAAAUAAACUUAUUCCAAUCGCUAACAAA